AUGAAAAUGAACCCCGAUCGCUUUACCCUCACAGAGGAUGAAUAUUUAGCCGACACGAACGUACUUUUCUACCUCAACGAUGCUGUCGCUCAGCUGCUUGAACACAGGGAAGAGUACACUCAGUUUGGUGUGGUGCGUUAUUUUGCUGAAUAUUUUACCAGUGUAAAGAAUGGGAAUCACGUGCUGUUUAGGGAAUUCAACUAUAUUAAAGCUACACCGCACAACAGAGCAUCGUUUCUACAUAUCUUCUGGAAAUGUUUCAGACAGAUUGGCAAAAAUGGUGAUUUACUGGCAGUGUUGGAGUACAGCUCACUUCUGCAACUUCUGUGUCCAGACUUUCCACUGGAAGUGGUGCAAGGUGCUGCAAGGAUUGUGCUAAUGGAUGAUGCUAUGGACUGCCUCAUGUCCUUUUCAGAUUUCCUAUAUUCUUUGCAAAUUCAGUUCUACUUUGAGGAGUUUUUGGAAAAUGUGGCAGUGAUAUACCAAGACCUCUUGUCAGGGAAAACGCCCAACACUGUCAUUGUCCCCACAUCAGUGGAGCAGCUCUCCAACGCAGCCAAUGAGGAGGCAGAAACACAGGAAGGGGUGGACUCAUUGGUCUUCUGUGAGUGCAUCAAAGGCCUCUGUGAGAGAUUUAAACACAACUAUCCUUCCAUCUCUGCCAUCAAAGAGAUUCUUGAGAACAACCAGCGUAUGACCUUCUACGGCUUUCUGAUGGCAAUAGCCAAACAUGAAGGAAUCAACCAGGACAUUGGUGCCUUGCCAAACAGAACCGACGUUCUCAUUGACCCUGAGAUGGAUCAGGAACUAGAGAGACUAAUCGCCCAAAUCUCUGUCAGCCCUACAUCCAACAGCAGCAGCAGUUUGCCGGGGCAUAAGGAGACUCCACGGAAGGCCUCCCCACGGAAGUCCCUGCACCAUCGCAAGAGAAUCGAGAUGGAGAGUGACGGUUCAACGGAGGAGACGGACUCCUCCGAAAACUGA